CUCAGCGUACUAGUCAAAACCAGAUUCCUUCGUCGGCUUUUCGCUUUUUGUUUCGCAGUACGCGCUCCCACUUUUCCCCUCCCUCUCUGCCUUCAUUGUCCCCCUCCGCCGCGAGCUUCCAGAAACAAACCACGGAAAGGGGAAGGAGGAAGAGGAAGCAAAGCUCUGGAUCGAUCGAUCUCCGCCCUCGGCAUGGCGCGCGUCCUCCCUCUCGACAUUGAGCCCGGGGAGACAGCCACCAGAGCUGGUGAGACGGUCGCAAGCGUGCCAAGCUCUUCAGCUGUGGCAUCAAACAUAAAGGACGACGAAUAUGCGAGGCUGGUGACACCAGCUCAACAUGCAACAGCUGACAACAACACAGAAAUUCCUGAGCAACCAAAGUCAAGACACUUCAUUUGGUGGAUGAAAGUUCUGCUUGGCUGCUUCCUUCUUAUAUUAGCAUCUUAUAUCUUCGUGAAAUUUGGAGUCCCCUUUGCCUUUCAGAAGGUGAGGCGCUGAUACUUUCUGUGCAAAAGGAAAUCUCUUGGGAGGGUAAUUUUAGGCAUAUGCCACUGGGACGUCAAUAGACUUUCAUUCUUCUAGUUACCUUUCACUGAAUUUCACAAAAUGCCUUUCAAAACCAACUGAUGUUGGCUUGUUGGUUGGCUCUUCAGUAGUAAUUGCCAUUUUGGGCUGCGAUCUUUUGCUUAGUCAGUAUUGGUCAAUUUUAUUUUCUUACUAUAAUCAGGAACUUUCAGGUGGCAUG